GUUUGUUUCCUGGAAGACAGUUUAGCUGGUUGCUCGUCCCUUCUGAUGCAAUUUGAAUGAGUGGACUUGAAACCGGUCGCUAAAAACAGUUCUCUGCGGUGCGACUGUGGACUAAGUCGGAUUCUGGAAAUGACAGACAGUCAGACAGAUGGCCCAGCAGGAAGGACUCCAGUAGAGCUGUAUGAGAAGGUGACAGCACAGGGAGAGAAAGUCAGAUCCCUGAAAGCAGAGAAAGCUCCUAAGGCGGAUAUUGAAGCUGCAGUGAAGCAGCUGUUGCAGCUGAAAGGAGACUAUAAGACAGUUACAGGGCAGGACUACAAAGCCGGCUGCCCACCCAGCGAUGCUCCCGCCCCACAAGACAACGGGCCCUCACCUGGCGAGGGCGAGGGCGAAGGCGAAGGCGAGGACGUGGUGGACCCCUGGAACGUGUCCACCUCGAGCGCAAAAGGGGUGGAUUACGACAAACUGAUUGUGCGGUUUGGGAGCAGUAAGAUUGACCAGGAUCUCGUGGAUCGGAUAGAGAGAGUCACAGGACAGAGACCCCAUCACUUCCUUCGCAGGGGCAUCUUCUUCUCUCACAGAGACAUGCAGCAAAUCCUGGAUGCCUAUGAAAACAAGAAGUCCUUUUACCUGUAUACAGGCAGGGGUCCCUCCUCUGAGGCCAUGCAUGUGGGUCACCUCAUACCUUUCAUCUUCACAAAGUGGUUGCAGGACGUGUUUGAUGUCCCCCUGGUCAUUCAGAUGACGGACGAUGAGAAGUAUCUGUGGAAAGACCUGUCCCUGGAGGAGUGUCAUCGGUAUGCUAUGGAGAAUGCCAAGGACAUCAUUGCCUGCGGUUUUGACAUCAACAAGACCUUCAUCUUCUCUGACCUGGACUACAUGGGAAUAAGCCCAGGCUUUUACAGGAAUGUGGUAAAAAUCCAGAAGCAUGUAACAUUCAACCAAGUAAAAGGAAUCUUUGGAUUUACAGACAGCGACUGCAUCGGAAAGAUCAGCUUCCCCGCUAUUCAGGCUGCUCCCUCUUUUAGUACAUCAUUCCCACACAUCUUCAGCAACAGGAAGGAUGUACAGUGUCUCAUCCCCUGUGCGAUUGAUCAGGACCCCUAUUUCAGGAUGACCCGAGAUGUGGCACCCCGGAUUGGGUAUCCCAAACCUGCUCUGCUGCAUUCCACCUUCUUCCCAGCCCUGCAGGGAGCCCAAACCAAAAUGAGUGCCAGUGACCCUAACUCCUCCAUCUUCCUCACAGACACAGCCAAGCAGAUAAAGAACAAGAUCAACAAGCAUGCCUUCUCUGGUGGCAAAGACACGAUUGAAGAGCACAGAAAAUAUGGAGGCAACCCUGAUGUGGAUGUGUCUUUCAUGUACCUGACUUUCUUCCUGGAAGAUGACGAACGGCUGGAGAAAAUUAGACAGGACUAUACAAGCGGAGCCCUUCUGACAGGAGAACUGAAGAAAUGCUUGAUAGAGACCUUACAGCCCAUGAUCUCAGCCCACCAAGAGAGACGCAAACUAGUAACAGAUGAGACUGUGCUGCAGUUCAUGACUCCCAGGAAACUGGCUUUUGACUACUAAUACAAGAAGACUUCCAUCUCUUAAGUAUAUUAUUAACCCUGAGGCAAAUUGUGGUUUUCAAAUCCAAGGAGAGACCAUCACACUGCAUCAAAGACUACAGCUAAACGUGAAUCGAUCAUGUCAUCCAAUGCAUGGUACAUGUUCAAUAAAAAAGCCCAUUAAAUGUUA